UUCUUUUUCCUACUAUAUCAAAAAGGGGAAACAAUUAAUUUAAUAAAACGGAUAUAUAAUCGCAUAUAUCGGAAUUCGAUUGAUAUUUCUUCAAUAGAUAUUGAGAAAAUUUCAAUUGAUAAUAUAACGUAUCAAUCAAUUGAAUUUCAACCGAUAUAUCUUUAAUCUUUUAAUUAUUGCCUUUUAUCAAUUGUACGUACAUCCUAUCAAUUGUUUAAUUUAGAUAUUAACAGACACUCGAACAGCACAUAAAAUAGAAAUUUAAUUGACGUUACCCUUGAUAAAAAAAGAAUUCCUGAAUAUGAUUUCUAAAUAUUUUUUUCGUUUAAAUAAAUCUCUAUAUUCGUUUAUCAAAUCUAAUAUUCGUCGUUAAAAAAAAUUUCUUACUGCAUGAUACGCAAUCAUCAUCAAAAAUUAAAUUUCUAUUUAAAAUCUUAUUUAUUUGAUCUUCGAUUCGAGGCUGAGAAUCGAUUAUUCCAUUUUUCGUUAAUUCUUAUUGAAAAUCUCUAUAUUCGUCCAAUUCUUCAGGACUAAUGACGAAUAUAGAGUUUCGUUUGUAUAAGUAAUCAUAAAAAUGAACGAAAAGUAACAAAAAGUAAAGGAAAUGAUCAUACGAGAUACUUUUUACGUUUAUUAUUUCGUUUUUAAAUUAAAAAAAAAAAAAUUAUUAACUACAAUCGUCGAUGUUUUCUUAUCCAAGGAAUGAAAAUUGAAAGAAAAACCGAGAUUCUCCAAUUUUAUCUUAUAAUUCUUUCCAAACUUCUGGAAGAUGGUUGUCUUGUUCGUGCGCAACACGCCAAGCAAAAACUUUGUAAUGAGCGAAACGAGAGGAGGGACGAUGUUUGCAAAUCAUUAGUACGGCGGGAAGGGCUGAGGGUUGGUACUUUGGGACGAGGGCUAAAAGUCUGCGAUGUCUUACAGAUAAUCGAAUCGAUAUUUCAGUAUCAAAAUUGUAGUGCAAAAAAGUUAAUUUCGAUGGAUAACAAAUAAACAAAGUGAAUGUUAAUAUGGAAUAUCAUUCAUAAUUAUUAAUAAUCUCAAAAAUUUGCAAAAUUCAUAAAUAAAAUAUAUGAAUCAACAAUUUUGAUCGUCCUCAUCGACUUUGAUGAAAAAAAUAAAAAAAAAAUCAUCUACAUGAUUGCUCAUGAGUAUGUAAUUUAAUUUUAUUAACGAAAUUUUAAUAAGAAUGACGGUGAUGAGUAAUUUCGUACCUUGUGUACUCUGCAAAUGAACAUAUCCUAGCUUUCUUGGUAAUUCUCUGAGCAUUCAUCAGGAGGGAGGAUUUCGCGUCCCUAAGGAUCAGAGAAGGCGAUUGCGAAUAACAAGAACCCUUCGUCUGCGCCAUGAGCCUUGAUCCUGUUAACAGGAUCAUCCGAACGCCGCUGAUAGAGCAAAAGUCCGUGAGAUAAAACUAAACUCCCUUGGACCUUUCUCUUUGACUGUUGUUUCGAGGUCACUGGAUCAAUCCAGAGGAAACUUAGUAUUUUUCCCCUCUAGGAGAUCCUUUUCUUCUCUUACUUAAUCGAGAUAUUGUUUUUAUAGAGCGACGCAAAGAAGUUUAUUUUCCAAAGAUUUGAGAAGGAUUUGAAAACAUUUGGAUAGACUAAAUUAAUGAUGCAAUGAAAGAACGUGAAUCUGAAACUUGAAGUCGAGUUUCACAAAGUAAACAUUUGCUUGGCAAAAACUUUUCACUGUCAAGGGAAAAUGAUGAAAAGUACACUAUCGCGGCAAUGGUGCACAUCUCUGAAUAUUCGUAGAAAGGGGAGAAAGCUCUGUGCUGGUAAUAUCCCAGAGGACUCUCCAUAUAUCCAAAUCGCAUUACUGCGCUGCCCAUUUCGUGCUAAGUGCCCAAUAACUUCCUAAUUUUUGGAGAUAUAUUAGUUCAAGAAUAUAUAUCGUAGCAGAGUAUUAUUAUCCAUUUAUAUUUUUUAAAUAACGAAGAAAGAAACCUUCAUCAUUCUGAUCGUAAUAAUUUUAUAUACAGAUUCUUUCCCAAUUAACGAUCUUACCUCGCCAAAUCCUGGGAAAACUUACCCCCUGUGCCACUACUUUCUCUACGUAAAAAAAAAAAGGUGCAAAACACGGCCGCGAGCAUGAUGCAGUUAAACGAUUUCGAAGAUUGCCGGCUCUCGGAGAGUUUCUCUGUUCUCUCCGCCCCCGCUCUCUCUUCCUCGAACUUGCUCGAAACGAAACGAAGGAACGGUCGAAAGAGUUUCUUCGACUUUUUCUCCGAUGUCCACUCCCCGCGCCUUAUACUUAAAAGCAAACAUUUUUACAAUCGGGGGGUCAGACUGGUGUAAUCACUCGUCGAAAAAUUGCCGAACAUCCUCUAAAGGAAGAGCGGUCGGUGUCCAGAGAUCGAUGGGAAUCUUGGAGUUGUGGGUGCGACGACCCGUCGUCGUUACACACUGGCCAGCCGCAACGAGUGUUUUCGAGUGGGCGAUGGUUAUUUUUAUGCCUCGUAAUUAUACAUUCUUGUGCCGGUUGCCUCGAACUUUUAGGGUUACAUUUAGACCAAAUCGGCGGGCCGAGUUUUUCGCGGCCGAUCCUCUCCCACGAUCCACCAACGAAGGACCGCGGACUCGUACCCCUUUCGCACCGCGGGAGAGAAGUAUUGUGCACCUCGACAAAGUGUUGCUCCCCUCCCCCUUCCAACUUUUAACUUUUUGCGCAAUUAUUACGCAGUAACAAUGCCGGAAGAAAGAGAGAGAGAGAGAGAGAGAGGCCAGUAUAAAUGAUCGCUUGAGGUAAAAGGUGUUGGUGCUGGUUCGUUGUACAGUUAUUGUUUAUUAUUCGAGAAAUAAGGGAAAGGUGUAUAAAUUGAUAAUGUCGAAAAAUUUUAAGUUUGGAAAGAUGGAUCUCUCGAGUGAUGAUAACUUCGAGUUUUUAAUACGUUGCUCGAGAUAAAUGAAAUUCAAGGUGUUUAAAUAUUUUUUAUCGUUUGUUUUAAAAAUGGAAAAGAUAACGAUAAUUUGAAAUCAUCGGAAAUUCUCUAAAUUUGAAAUUUCUUGUUUCACGAUUAUUAUUAUUAUUAUUAUUAUUAUUGUAUUGGCUGUCGACGAUAACAGCGAUAAUAAUCGUUAUCGUGGCCGUGAUUUUGAGACGUCGAUGAUGAAACUUCAUCAAUAAACAGUCACAGAUACUCCAACAUACUUACUCGAGAAUAACAUAAUAAUUGCUCGCGUAUAGAAGCUAUGUUUACGUUUGAAGGACCUGCUAUUAGUGGAAACACGUAUUAUCCGUCCAGUUGUUCCCCGUUUAUGGUCGCUAAGUGAUUUCAACCAGUAGAAAUUGACGGCAAAUUGAGCAUUUAUCCAACGCGAAGAAGACGUCAACGCGAGAAAGCUGGCUAUGGAAAUUUCAAAGAUCGUUUUCGAAUAUAUUAAAUAAUUGUUGUGAGUGUUGCUCGACGAAUAACAAACAAAUUCGUUCUUCCACCACAAGAUCAUAAAUUAUAAAACGAUGAAUACAUUGCACGUUGUCGAAGCCACCGACGGAAGAUGCCGCCGACCGAUCGUCUUGGGACGUGAGUGAAAAUUUCCAUAUCGACAAAGUGCCGAUCAGCCACGGGUUUUGAGGGUCCACAACAUUUUUACAAUCACGGAGGACACUAACAACAAUAUGUCUUACCUCGCUCUGGACUCCAACGCCUGGCAGGACCGUUUAACUGGUCACGGGGGCAUUUCCUCGCUGGGCGGUGGAAACUCGUCGCCGUAUUCAGGCGCCCAUCACCACGGUCACAGAGGCAAUGGAAACGGAAGCGGGAUGCCCCAUCACGGUGGCGCGUCGUUGCCCACCGCCUCCGACUUUCAACCACCGUACUUUCCACCCCCGUUCCCCUCGCACCACCACGCGCCGGCGAGUCCUCAACAUCCGGGCCUCGGCCAGCCGCAACAUCUCGAUUACCUCGUCGGCGAUCCGUACACGCAGACGCUCAACACGUUGCAUCAACAUCACUAUAAUCACUUGAGCGCCGCUGUCACGGCUGGCCAAAGGAGCGGCGACCUUAGGAGGGACGCGGAGGGUAUCCAUGUGACGAACAUGCACGCGUCGUUUCCGUACGACGGCGGACGCAGUAGCGGCGGAGGCGGAGGAGGCGGAGGCGGAGGUGGAGGUGGAGGUGGCGGCGGGCGAGGCGUCGAAUACGGCGCUGUCCGCCGUCCUGACGCCCUUCUACCACCCCCAGGCCUCGACCAAACCGACCUCGUUCUCCACAGCAGCCUCGUAGACGACCCCCAGGUGAGCGACGAUAACACAAACGUGGACGAUGGAGGGUUCAUGAACGAUCUUCCUCUCCUAAAAAACAUGAAACCAUCGGACAGGAGCGAGAAGGCGAUGCUGACCGGGAACGCGCAGCCUUCGGACGUGUUCUGUUCGGUUCCAGGACGAUUAUCGUUACUAAGCAGCACCAGCAAGUACAAAGUUACGGUAGCCGAGGUACAAAGACGACUAUCGCCACCGGAAUGCUUGAACGCGAGCCUCCUCGGCGGAGUCUUACGGAGAGCGAAAUCCAAAAAUGGCGGACGUCUGCUUAGGGAAAAAUUGGAAAAAAUUGGGCUGAAUUUGCCAGCAGGAAGAAGGAAGGCUGCCAAUGUUACGCUCUUAACAUCCUUAGUGGAAGGAGAAGCCAUUCACCUUGCCAGAGACUUCGGCUACGUAUGCGAAACCGAAUUCCCUGCGAAACAAGUUGCCGAAUACCUCAGUCGGCAGCAUUGCGAACCGCAAGAUUCCUACAGGAGAAAAGAACUUCUUCAUGCCACCAAACAAAUCACCAAAGAGCUGAUGGAUCUUUUGAAUCAAGACAGAUCGCCACUUUGCAACACACGGCCGCAACACAUCCUCGAUCCAAGCAUACAGAGACACCUAACACAUUUCUCUCUCAUAUCACACGGAUUCGGAAGCCCUGCAAUCGUAGCCGCUCUUACGGCAAUACAGAAGUUCCUAAGCGAAUCCCUGAAUCAUCUGGAGAAGAUGUAUCCAGGCAACGGAAGCGGCGUGACAAGUAGUCAGCAGUCGAGCCUCGACACGAACAAGAGCAAGGACGGCACGUUGAUGAACGACAUGAAGAAGUGACGCCCAGAUGACCCGCCUACCUCCAACGUGGUCACUUCAAUUAGGCACUCCUGGCCGUACAACUGAGCUUUCGCGAGCUUUCUCUUUUUCUCUAUCCUAAUCGCGAACAGCUUCUGAUGGACCACUGAGACGACACGUAUGUCCGCGCUCCACCCACGAGCUCCGUUGUAAUAAUCAAAAAAAAAAAAANNNAAAAAAAAAAAAAAAAAAAAGAAAAAAAGAAAAAAAAGAAAGAAAUCGAAAAAAAAGAAAGAAAGAAAGUGGGGAGAAAAUGUAGUGAAAGAAAUACAGGGAGGAGAGAUCUAUUCUAUUCUCGAGAAUGUCUACGUGCUCGCGGAUAUCCGUGUUCGCUGAGGUUGGCUGGUCGAAAGUGUUCUAGGUAAAUGAAUGACAAAGAAGUCACGAGAAAUGUGCAAUCUCUGUUAGUCGAUUAAAUCGAACGAGAGCCUCGUGGUGAGCCUCGCUCAACAAGAAGAGACAAGAUCGAGUCGAAACGAUCGGCAAUGGGAUAAUAAACGAGAUAUUGCUAUGCUUCGUUCCCUCUUGGUUCGACGACAGUCAGGAAACAAAUGAACGAUGCUACGUGUAUCGAAGGAACCACACGCGAGAUUCGCGUUUAUCAACAACGAGAAUGUGCUCUCGAUUAAGAGUGAUUGUUAUCGAUUUGUUCUUUCCACUGCCUGUUUCAAUUCAGUUUGAUAACGCGCCUGUGCCCGAGGAGAAGAAGGAACGUAUCGAUCGAUUCGACGGGAUCUAUACGAUCGUCGUGGCGCGCAAAAGAUCGACAAAUUUCAUUCGCGUCUUCCCCCGCUUGCUUUUCUCGCGGUACGUUUUCUAUCACGUGCGAUCGUUUCGAGAAACGAUCCCCGAAAUAUUUAUACGCGCGUUGCGUAUCACUUGUGAUAGUUCUUUUUUUUUUUAGUGAUAGUUCCAAACGUUUGUGCAAUCGAUUUUAAAACGGUGAUUUUUACAAAUUUCACGAUGUAAUAAUUGUAUAAUAGGGAAAUAUAAUGGGAACACGAUGUAAAAUUCGAACGAUGGCUAAGAAAUUCAAGAAAUCUAUAUAUAUAUAUAUAAAACGGGAGAAAUACGGAAAGAUAUGUUUCGUAUUCGAAUGCCUUGAUCUUUGUGUCCCCCUCUUUGUAACUCGAAUCGAUCGAUAAUCGAGAGCGCGCACAGAGGUAACAGCGACGAAAACAGCAGUUCUGACAGCAACAUUUUAUUUUCUCUUCGUAUAAUUUUUCGACUAUUUAUAUAUUGCUCAAGCAUCUGCUACUCUUUGCUCAUUACCGAGCGUCCGACAUACGCGCAGUAAGUAUCGAUUACGACGCUGUGUACGUAAGCAUUAAUAUUGUCAGCAUAGUGAUAUAUUGCUCUCUAUAUCGCGUACAAUUUAUAAUUUAACGAUUUUACAAACGAUUGUAAAUCGGUUUGCGUCUUAUGGACCACACUUCUGUCUAUGAUUGACCGAGUCCAUCACGCGUGGAAUAAUUUAACAUUUAAAAUAUGAACGCGAUAUACAACGAUCGUUCCAUAUUCAUGUUCGCUUCGUCUUUGAAGUUGUAUGUUUUCUCGUAAACAUAAAUGAACAUUACGUUAUUUUUUUUAAAUAUAAUCUUACGAUUUUAUCAUCGAAAAAAAAUAUCGAUAUCCAUGAUUUGACAUAAAACUUCUAAUUGUGGACUCGGUCAUUAAAUUAUGUUUUAUAUCAUUAUAUUAUUAUAUCUUUUUAAUCUCUCGUUAGAAUAUCUGCGAAUCAAUUAUCCAUUGAGAAUGUAAGAGCAUACGAUCUCGAUCGCAUCGUGCGAGAUUAAAAAAAAAAAAGAAAAAAAAAAAGGGGUCACAACGAACAAACGAGAAAGAAAAAAAAAGUGAGAAUUCACACGUGCAACAGCCGUCCGAGGCUUAAAAAAAAAAAAAAAAGAAAAGUAUUAAUUUAGAAUCUUUAUCUUUAUUAAAUAGACGAGCAAGUUUUAUUUGAAUCAAAAUAACGAGGGACGAUGAACGAUAUCAAUUCCAAUAAUCGUUUGUUCAUCGCAAUGAUCGAUUGUUAUAAUCAGAUUCAUCACGACGACACCGAAUUUUCGAACGAUUCCGUGGUAGCGAAUUAGGAAUUUACGAUACGUAAUAGUUUUCCAUAUGCUCGAAUUUCGAUCGAGUUCGAUUCACGAUUCAUUCCACGUAAUAAAAAGAUUUUCUUCUCGAAUAGCUGGAAUAGUUGAUGACACACCGUGCGAAUUACGCUCUCCAAGCACUUUCUAUUAGCGAUUCGAUCAGUUGAACAAUGAUUUCAAUCGAGAAUCUUUUAUGAUCACCGUUAUGCUUAAAGUUGCAAUUCUCGGACAAUAUUUCGAUGCUUUGUUAUUACGCUCGAUUGUUCCAUUUCGUGUAAUGUAAUGUUUCAUAGAUUUGUAGCAUAAAUUCAAUAUAAUAUCACGGUAUGACGGAUAGAUCGAAUAAACGAGUGACAUAUGUAAUUUCGAAAUCGUUAUUGAACAACGUCGAUUGAGUUAUCUUCGUUCGUGCCGCGUUAAUACGUUACAUGGAUUCAUCUAAUCGUUAAUCUCAAAAAUUUAACCGUCGAAAGCGAAUUUAACGACGAAAUUUUUAAUUACAUAUUUUACUUCUUGUUACUAUUUCUCUAAAAAUUUUGUUCACAUACAGCGUGUGUGCGAUCAUCGGUGUCAACAAAUUGAGAAAAAGAGAGAGAAAAAAAAAAAAGGAAAAAGAAGACAAAAACUCUAAGGAUCAUUUUAAUCGUGCCAAUACGAAAGUUGCCAUUUGAGAUGUGCCAAUUAACGAUAUCGAGUUUAGAAAUGUAAGAUCUAUCGACGAUUAGAAGCGAGUAGCCGAAAAUAUCUAAAUCGGACGAACAUCGUUCGAAUUUUAGAAAAUACGUUUCGAACUUUUAUUUCGUGAGAAUCGCGAAAGAAAAUAUCGUGAGAGAAAAAAAGAGAUCUCGAUCAAAUGGUAUCGAGGUUACUCGAAAAGUUUCGUGUAAGGAGGGGAAAAGAUAGGGAGAACAAAUGCAGAGUGGAAGCACGAGAAAUUGCGUUGAAGUACAAUACCAGGUGAACCUGAGACAUAUCUAACUUUGUAAUUAAAUCUUAGGCGUAUGUAAAUGUAAGAUUAAGAAACCUGAUCGAACGUCUCGCGUUCCGGGAUAUUAUGUACAGAGUAUUUGAAUCUUUCUUGUGAUAUAAUCGUAAUAUUACUAAGGCAUAAACCGAACAAGGCAAGAACGAAAGGAAGGAAAAAAAAAAAAAAAAAAAAAAAAAAAAAGACACUAAAAUUACUAUUAUCAUUCCAUGUUUUUUCAUAGGUACUAGCGCGGUUGUAGAUGGCGCCACACACCAGACUUUUCGUUUACCGGAGACGCGCACCAUCGAACUUUAUUCGAAGCAACCAAACGCUAGUUACGAAUAGUUAUCAAAGUUUUAUCGCGUCGACAAAUUUUAUUUGCAACGAUGAACACGUCAUUUUUUCCCCUUACGACGUUGCGUACUACUUUGACCGCAAUUUUCUUCAAUGAAAAAAAAUUAAGAAGCAGAAAAAAAAAGUUAUGAAAAAAUAGGAAAACAUUUUUCCUCGAGUAUCGAGACCAACGCCGUGAGUUUAGUUAGAAAAUGAAAAUGAAAAGAGACGGUAAAAAGUUAGAGAAAAAAGACAGAGAAAAAUCCUUGAAUCCCCUUAUUUUCAUUCACGAAUACUUAGGCGACUUGUUAGAACGUAAGGUCCCGUAAAUUAAUACUUAUUUAUAAUCCUUAGAGCGACCGUAGAAAAACGUUUUUCUACCAGAAUUUCUGUGCCAACUGCAAAGAAUGUUGUAGACCAUUUUUGUUCGAAGUUGAAGCAUCAUUCUAAUCUUGUAAGAUACUCAGAUAUAUCUUUAUUAAAUAUAUUUGAAUUUCGUAGUAUAUUAUAUUCUGAUAUUGAUUAUACAGUUCAUUUUUGUAUAUUGGUGUGUGAUAAAUAAAUAAGAAUAUUGUUUCUAAGCAA